AUGAAUGUCACAUGGGGCUUGCUGACGGUUUUGAGUGUGGUGUGCCACACUGAGUCGAGGUGCUCACCGACCUCUUAUUAUAAAAACUGCUGGAUUCGACGCUUCCCGGGUAUUUUCAUCGAUAUCGAGGAGUCUCAGAGGAGAGGAGCGCAGCUCUUGAAGUAUUACCAAGAGGAGACGGCGCUGAAAUGCAGCCGCACCUGUUGCCUUACGAGAAACUUUUCCUGUAACCUGGCCAUAUUUCACUAUGAUACCGCUCAAGAAAACGUGAACUGUUUCCACCUGCACUGCCCAACACUGGAGAGCUGUAUUCUCAGUCACAGAGGCAACGUUGUUCUGUACAACAUCACAAAGGGGGUGGAUCCUGACCUGCUGGUGUUUGGAAAAUACUUCACGUCCAAUGUGCGUGUGUUACCCCACCACUACAGUCGAGUCAACGCCUCAGAGCCCUUACCCUCAGACAAACGCCAGUUCAUACAUCCACCUCCACCCGCUGUCCUGCCUCUGACGUCUGCACCAACAUUUAAAUCCUCCACCACAUCAGGCAGAACGCUCACCACCGCUGCCGCUGCCACUGAGCUGCAGAGCACCAGUCCACCUACGGCAGUUUCCACAACUACAAGCGCAUUAUCUUCCACUUCAAGUGAUCCUCUGACAGUCCUGGGGAACCAUGAACAAACGACAGCCCCAACCACCUCCACCGUUUCUCUUAAAGCACCCAGCUUUACUACACCUACUUUAUCCAUGACCACUACCACCCUUGGCCAUUACAAUCCUGCGACAAAGACUGUCUUUUCUACCACAACCGCAGAGCUUUCCACAUCCACCCCUACCCAGCUCCACACCACAAUCUCCUCUCAGUCAGCCACCAGCCCUCCAACCACCACAGCCCCUAUGGGCAACAUAGAGAGCAGCAGCCAAUAUCCCAAUGACACCAAGGUGGAGAGGAACCACACUGCAGGAGGUGAGGGAGGCCAGGGAGUCAGUGGAGAGGACACUUUAGGGGGGAUAGGACCUGGAUGGCAUGUGGCUGCUCACACCUUGCUGGUUGCAGUGGCCAUCUGUAUCACAGUGCUGCUAAGCUGCUGUUGCUCCAUUCUGCUGGUUGUGAGCUGGAGGGGUCAGAGGAAGAGGAUGGGACGCUACCGAACAUCAUGGAGAGGGAAAAAAGGCUCCAUGCGGCUGAUAAAGUAUGUUCUGGUCAGAGAGAAUUCCUGA